GCCACCAACACAUUGGCGCCCUUUGCUCUCACAUCUCUGGUCGCUGGUGCUUCAAAGCGACACGUAUUUCUCGGUUCUCAAAUGUCCAAUGGAGGCGAUGGCUCACUGCGUAACCUGAAAGAGUGCGGCUACGGGGAUUCUAAGCUGCACAACAUCUUGCUUGCUUUUGGAUUCGCGAGGCAUCUGAAAGCCCAAGGCGUAGAGGAGAGCAAUGUACUGGAUCCGGGAUGGGUGCCGACCAAGAUGGGUGGUGCAAGCGCUCCCGAUGAUAUCAAUGCUUCUGUGAAGACUUACGUUGCGCUGGCCGAGGGUGUUGGAUCUACGGGCGAAUACUGGGGACCUGGCGCACAGAAAGGACGACGACAUCAGAGCGUGGCCGGUGACAUCGAUGCUCAAGACACACUCUUGAAGGAGUUGGAGCAGAUCAGCGGGAUCAAAUUCCCACGCGAGAAGCUCUGAAACCUGCAACAGCUUGAUUGUUCAUGAUCUCACGACAAUGGAAAAUCGUCCAGAGAUGAGAGGGGAGUCUGAUUCUGUUAAAACAAAAACUUGGCUUUGCUCUGAUGGAAAAGACUGCAUGCGGCGGAGGUCUUUUCAUCGGCAAGGAACAUGGACAUAUUUUCCGCAUUACCCGUUGAUCCACAGCAGUCGCAUUCACGUCCCAAUUAUUGCUAGCAGCUCCAGAACCAUAAUUAGAGGCGUGCUUACCGAGUCUGUCGUGACAGAUUCUGUGCGUUCAAUGACGUUGAAAUCGCUUGCGGUACUUGUGCGUGCCAAUGAAGUUCUGCUUCAACUCACCUUGCCGUUGCCGACGUGCAUAGCACAUUUCGCCAGCAAACAAUUGCGACAUACGCAUAAAGCGCUCAAUGCAGAACUCACGACGCCCGUCUGCGUUGCGCCUGCUGAUGCACAAAGUGACUUGUUCCUUCUCCAUCCAGCAAAGAACCGAAACAUAUAUCCUUCCUUGGACAGCGAGAAGCACAACAACAAUAUGGAGCAACAGGGCGCACGCGCAGGUUACCACGAGCCGUUGGCUCUCAUCGUGAUCUCUUCCGUCUCCAUCGGGAUCGCAGCCAUCGCCGCACUUGUCAUCGCCAUCGACAUCAUCCUUCGACGAGGUUGGAGGACCAUGAUGCUGGUAAUGUGCGUGAAUGGAAAUAACACGAUACCCGUCUACGUGGUCAACGCGCUUUACCUUUGGCCGAUCACGCUCUGGACAUACCUCAACUAUGGCAGACCAGCUAAGCCACCAAAUCGAAGCAGACUGCCAUCACAGACAGACGAGAAGCCAGCAGUGGAGUCGGGAGCGGGCCAUUGCUGCCAUGGAGGCUCAAAGGAACAGGAGCCAGCAACGGCCGAGCCAGCCUGUCAUAGACAAGACCGACCAAUGUUUGCUACGAUCACUGUAGCUGUCUGCCAUUGUGGUGCUGGCUGCGUUCUCGGUGACAUCAUCGGCGAAUGGAUCGUCGACGGCGCAGGCAUCACGAUCAACGGCCGCACACUUUGGCCAGCAUAUCUCAUCGGUCAGUCGUCCUACUUUGCAUUCGCAAUAGCGUUCGGUAUCGUGUUCCAGUACUACUCGAUAGCACCCAUGACUGGUGACUAUGGCACCAAGACAUUGUGGCGAGCGGCAAAGGCAGACUUCUUGUCGUUGCUCUUUUUCGAGAUUGGUCUCUUUGCUUGGAUGGCCAUCUUCCAGAUUGCGAUUUUCGAAUGGAAGCUGGAGAUGAAUACAGUCACGUACUGGUGGAUGAUGCAGGUAUGUUUGCGAAAUGCCGCGAUUGGAAUGUUUCUAGGCCACUGGACUGGUGUACCGAUCAAUGUAAGCACUGAUUCGAUCCCUUCUAUCAUAUGGUGGAUGAAGAAUCUGCUGACUUACGGGAUCAAGACGCCCCCAGAAAACAAGAGGCAUCUUGGUGCAACAAUGCUACAUUCAGUCAAUUAUGAGAAAGAAGGUCAUCUGAAAAGAUCCCCCAACUUAUAA